AUGAUCGUCGCUGACAAGGAGUCUCCGAUGUUCCUCAGUAUGCAGGCGAAAUAUGCUGAAGCAAUGAAUGAAGUUAGGAGGAUAUUUCCUUCGAUGGAUAAAGACGUCGACACCUAUCUUGAGGGCAUUAUCACUGAGAAUGGUGAUCACUUCGAAUCACCCGAUGAGGUCUUUGAGGCUGUUGGUAGCUUCCUCGAAGGUUCGAACCCGAAUUUAGAUGUUUCUGGGAUAAAGAAGCUCUGCACGGAACUAUUUCAAAUCCUUCGCCCGGACGGGGAGGUGGACGGCCCGACAGCACUUGACGAACCAGUCCACAUGGCAAGUCUUGUCAACAACUUCAACGACCGCGUGAUAAAUACAUCAAGUAUUUGGAUGGCUAAACGAGAAAAGGCGCCGUCUGUUAACCAGAAGAAAUUGGCGAAAGCCGAGGCUAAACUCAAGGGAAAGAUGACAAAAAAGUCCAGUAGCAACGAUUUAUCAAAAACUACCACCAAUCCGCAGAGUGAUACAGCCUGUGUAAGCCAGCAGCCGGAUCGGAAGACUGCCGACGCAUCUACCAGAAAGGUCACAGAUAUACAUAUCGAAAACUUUGAUAUUACUUUCGGCAGCAGUCUUUCUUUUUCUUGGUCAGAUAACUUUGUAGCAGGUACACUUGAGUCUGAUUUGGAAAACCCAGCAUGGUCGGUGGAUGACGAGACGGAGAGCGGAAAUGCACGUUCACCGACAAAAUCUGUUAGGGUACUGCUGGAGGGCGCGAGUUUGCAUCUGGCCCUUGGUAGACGCUAUGGUCUCAUUGGCCGCAAUGGUUACGGCAAAACAACCCUGCUACGCGCUCUGGCCUGGUGA